AUGCUCAGACCAUCGAGGAGUAUCAGCUCGCUCAUCUCGACCGAAACCCUUGUCAACAUAACACUUCGGCGCCUCGAAGCCGCGCUCGAAGAUGCAGCCCUUGGCAGCGGCAAUGAAACGACAAUGGCGGAUACAAACUGUCCGUCCGAGAAGGGAAUUUUCCGUUGGGCUAGGGCGCUGCUAGCAGGACCUGAGAUAAUGAAGACUAAGAAGCGACUCGAGGAACAAAAGACCGGGAUUUACGACUAUCGCAAUAUAGCUACCAUGUUGGCAGGAGGCAAAGGCCUCUACGGGGGCCGCGGCAUCUGGCUCAUCGUGUCUGUUUUGAACAGUGAUCGCAGCGGCAAUUGCUUUCCCUCACUCACCGGCAACAUGCUCACCUUCCGAGCAACAAGGGCCAAAGAACCUGAUACAGAGCUCCGGUAUCCCUACCUCUGCUCGCCCUCGCCCGGGGAAACACAUGACGAACGCCAAGACCGAUUCAAAAACUGGGGCUUCCAGUUCGGCUGUGAGCUAUGCGUCGAGCUCUUGCGCACGCCGGCCGAGGCGAUCAGGGAGCGCAAUGAGAUCUUCUUGCAGGCCACCGGGCAGAUCACUGGGCCUACGCCAGGACUUGAGCAGUUAGACGAGGAACUCAUCGCCUCAUAUCAUGGCAAUGACCAGGCGCAUUAUCGUUCCUUUCUUGAUCUGGGAGUACCUACAACCACAGCAGCCGGUCGCCACCUAAGCGUGGGAGAACCUCUCGAAGCAAUGGCCAAGGCAUCAAUGGUUCUUAGGGCCCUUUGAUACAACAUCGAUGUGAAAGCACCACAAUUCAAUCCGCGUCGACCGGCACGGCUGGAACUAAAGAGUUGGGAC